AUGGGGCCGUUUCCAAUUUGGGUAAUAAUACUAUGUUGUAUGGCAUUGCCUUACCUGUAUUGGUACCUGUUGAUUUCGAAGUUUACGCCAGUGCAUUACCUUCAGCAUUACGCACAGACAUUUGCAGACGCCUUCCAGAAUUCUCUACGAAGAUCAGUUUUGUUCGAAAGAGGCCAACACAAUUCAAGUGUGACGUCAGGUGCUGAUGUCACUGGAAGUAAUGAUGUCCCAAACUCCGAGGACAUCAUUAAACAACCAUUAAAGAAUGGGAGCAAGGACGAAACAGAAGACGAAGAAGAAGGUGCAGUCGAUUCAGAUAAGAUCGAUUCUCCCGCGAAUGGCAAAAAGGACUCGGCUCGUAUUCCGCUGAAAAAAAUCCUCAUUUGGAAUAAGCCUCGCACUGCCCCUAAGAAUUUUGGUCUGGGCAGUGGACGAUCGGCCUUCCUUCGCUUCGGGUGCAAAUACAACGCAUGCACAGUAACGAACAAACGCAAUUUGUACCGGUAUGAAGAACUGGAUGCUGUUAUAUGGCACGUGCGCUCCAAGGACAAAAGUUUUCCUCCCAUAAGGUCUCCUCAUACUCGUUACAUCUUCAUGAACGCGGAGCCACCGGGACACGUUAAGAGACUACAGAAAUACAAAAACAAGUUUAACUGGACCCUCACCUAUAGGUGGGACUCGGAGAUCUCCAUGCGCAUCGGACAAGUUCUCCCCAGGAAGGAACCAAAGAAAGAUAAUUCAAAGAUCAACUACGCGAAGGGAAAGACCAAAAUGGCGGCCUGGUUCGUGUCGAAUUGUGGCACAGAUGGUGGAAGGAGUCAGAUCACGAGACAACUGCAGAAGUACUUCCCGGUGGAUGUCUACGGGAAAUGUGGACCUUUCAAAUGCCCAAGAUUCACCAAAGUUGACUGCUAUAAAAAAGCCGAGAGACGAUACAAGUUCUACCUGUCAUUCGAGAACUCCCUCUGUAAAGAUUACGUCACGGAGAAGUUCUUUAAAAUUCUCUUAUACAAUAUGGUACCUGUGGUGUACGGGGGAGCCGAUUACAAAGCUAUCGCUCCUGAGAAGUCAUAUAUUAACGUGCGGGAUUUUCCCAACAUCAAGGAGCUGGCAAAACAUCUACUUUAUCUCAAUGAUAACGACACAGCUUACAAUGAAUACUUCUGGUGGAAAAGGUAUUAUGACGUUCUGGCAGUUGGCGAUAGCAAAAACUUAGCCUGGUGCGACCUGUGCGAGAGGCUCCACACGGACACCAAAACCCGCGUCUACCCCGACGUGCGGCAGUGGUUCAUCAAGGAGGCUAGAUGUCUCACGACAAAGAGCAAAAGUAUCAGAAAUUUCGUAAAUGGAUUGUGAUAAUAUAAUAGAAUGUCAUCGAUCGGCCCAAGAAGUUUAUUGAUGAUGAAUUUCAUUGAAUCUUUAUUCCAUGACGUAAGUUUAAAAGUGUAAUAAAUAGUUAAUAGAUACGAUAUCAUUACUAUUUCUAUGGAGAUUACACUUCUUGGAACCAGAUUUCUAGCGAAGAAUUGCAUUCGGCUUCUAAUUGCUAAGAAGCACAAUAUAGAGGUGUGUCUAAGUGUCAGGUUCCAAAUACCACUAAAACCUCCUAACAUCAGAAACGCUUCUCUUUUGUUCCUUAAUGCCACAUUCACUUUUAUUUCAUCUCAUAUCAUUAAUAGGCUUCGGUGCGUAUAGUUAACUUUAAAGGAAACCCCCUUUAUUGAUGAAGUUAAAUUUCAUGCUAAAAGAGUGAAAUAUGAGUCAGAGAUGCCAUUGCAUCUUUUUUUUAAGCAUGAUGUAGAUACAGUAUGUGUAUUUGGAGUAUUCAUAAUCAUAUAGGCCUUAUUAAAUCUAUAAAAGUAUUGCGAGAGAGAGAGAGAAGAGAGAGAGAGAGAGAGAGCUUAAUAUCGACGAUCUUCGGAAUAUCAUGAUUUUUAUCAGGCCGUUGAGAAAACUAAUUUACACAAGAUGAAAAGAAAUGAGAUUUUUACGAAUGUAUAGACAUUGUAGAAUUACAAAUAAAAACUUUGAAGAGACUUUUUUUUCGUUUUGAGAACAUUACGGAAUUAUGACGCCUCUUCCUUUUCAGCUGUUAUUUUAAAGAUUAUUGAAAGAUUACAGGAGACAUUGUUACCUUAAAAGUUGACG